AUCAUUAUAUAUAUAGCUCAGUGGUUGCUUGGAAACAAGAAACUAUUAAUGGUGUUACAAGAUGGCUGAUGAAUUUUUUAAAAUUAUAACACAAAAACUUGAAUUUCAUGUAAUAUAUUAAUUUUCGGUGAUUCAAUUUGGCUACGUUUUCUCUAAAAAAGUAUACAUGUAUGACUCGACGUUUUAAAGAUGGUUGUUUCGAUACAAAGACACCUCUACAUGAACUACUGAUCGUAGUUUGUUUGCUCUGGACAGAGAAUUGGCUUUGGUAGUGAUCAAAGAGACUCCAUGCACUCACUCAAGUGAUUGUAGUUUUGGACUCAUUGAUGACACAGAAUGGACGAGUCUGGAAACAGCAACGCGGAUUAUAACGAAGAAUUUGUUUAUAGAGAUUCACUGGAAUGCCCCAUUGAAGAGACGUUGAAGGUCAAAAAUGCUUUUCCAGAGUCACCUAAAACCAGUGAGGAACAUGGUUGUGUACCAUUAUCAAACAACCUAGGCUCAGAUACAAUAGAUAAGGGGGGAAAAUUAAGGAAUGACAGAAUUGAUAGGAAGAAAGGCAAUUCUAUCAGACCUAGAGAAAAAAACCUAAUUAAAUUAAACAAAGAAACUAUUCAGAAGGGUCAAAUGAAAAAGAGCUAUAGAGAAAUGCACCAGAAAAAGCUUGGUAAAAAAGCUUCAAUAAAAAAUAAAGGGCAGAAUGAGGCCAGCCAGAUAAAUGAUCUCAGGAAUACCAAUGCUGCAGCUGAGUUCCGUAAACAGACUUUGCUGUUAGAUGGAAUCUUGACAGAGAAUGAUGGAUUAAAUAGUUCCAAUGGCCUCAAUGACAAAAUGUUUCAUUUUGGUAACUCUGGAAUACAAGAAGCAAAUGAGUUUAGUGGUUUAAUUGCAUUGGAAAAGGAUGAAUAUAAUUUGGAAUCAACUAGAUGUAAUGAAACAAACUUAUCACAACUUGGUGGUAGAGAAAUUGGCUAUGAACAUCAAUUACCAACUCUCCGUAAUUUUUCUUCAGUACAGUCUGCCCCAGCAGAUAUACAACCGUAUCAGAAUCCAUUCAUCUUAGGGGAAGGUUAUACAGAUGUUAACUCUAUGACAUAUUUGACCAGUAUGAGGUCUCAUUCUGAACUGGUAAAUUCUAACACCACAUAUACUGGUAUAUAUGCAAAUGCAAAACAAAAUUCAAGGGCUUCUAACUAUAAGCCAUACACAUUAAGCGAUUAUAAAAAAAUUAAGAGAGAAAGUAAACCUGGUGGUCUUGGUCCUGAUACAAAAUCUGAAGAACACCAACAGAAGACAAAAACAGCGAUCCGGAAAAAAGAGUAUUCUGCAGCUGUAAGGCAAAGAAAUGCCUCAGAAAACUUUAAUGGUAUGAGGAAAAAACAGAAAUCGCCUGGUAAACAAAUUCCUAUUGAAAAACAAGAGGCUAUUGCCCGGAGGUUCAAGGCAUUGGAAUAUGCAAAAGCCGUACCAAAGCCGGUGACGUCAAAAAUCUCAAAUGUGUGGAAAUCACCAACAAAAGCACAUGAAGAGCGACAGUCUUUACUGGCCAUUUUACAAGAACGACACGAAAAUGAAAAAAGAGCGAUAGAUGCCAUGAGGAAGGACUUGCAAACUAAACUCAAAACAAGUUCUUAGCAACUUCGGGCACAUGCACUAUAUGCCAAAGAUGACCAUCUUUUAGCAACUUGCAUGAACUCUUUCAACUUGAUGAUCGCACUGUUGCAGCAAGUCUUUAAGCUAUGUGAAUACCUCAGGUAGUUUCCUUAUCCUAGUAUGGUUGCUCCAAAAUUGCUCAUAGUUCAAUUAAUCAUCAUCUGAGGCCAGUUGUUCAAAAAGUGGGAUAAAGUAAUUCAUUGGAUAGUGAUUUUAACUAUCAUAAAAUUGAUGCAAUUGCUUUGUAAAGCUGACAUAUAUGAAAUUUAUAUUUUAAAAACUAUUCCAUCAAUAAAAUUGUGGAGUUCAAUAUGGGCCAUGCCUUCAAAUCAAAUAAUGAUCACUAUCCAGUGGAAGUGGAAGUCAAAAAAGAAAAGCUAUUAUAACACAAUGAUAAUAUUAUGAAAUCUAUUUAUGUUAAUAAAUUAUUUAAAAUGUAUAGAGUUGUAUAUAUUUAGUUGGAAUGAAUUGUACUGUCCUAAAACCAUGACAACAAUCAAGAAAGAUUUCAACUUGCAAGACAUCCAGUUCAUGCCUCGAGCUCAGUGCUUGUUUCGACAAAAACUUUCAUUAUCAGUUGGAAUCUAACAAUAUCAAUGCUGCCAUGGAUCUAAAAAGAAAAUGCGUGAUCAUUGUUAAAUAUUAUGUGUAUUUAGGGUACAUGUUUGUUACAAAAAUCAAAGUGAUUUUGUUUAUGUUGAAGUGAUUAGAUUUA